GAAUCUGCCACUGACCAGUUGUAGUGCAGUUUGAAGAUUGCAUAGAUAGUGAACUUGCUUUAGAGGUGCUAUUUGAAAAAUACCAAAAUGUACAGAGCUACGUUAUUACUGGCAGUCCUGGUUGUAGCAGUAAGUGCAGGACCUUACGGCCACUACAACAAACAAUCCGGCGGAUCCCACUCAGAACAAGGAGAUCACCAUUCGCAUAAAGAGCCAGCUGAACAACCCAAGGGUGUGCUGGUUACAGAGCAACAUGCACCAGUAGAACAAUCACACGGCGAGAGCACUGCACAAAGUUCAUCUCAAGCUUUCGCUAAAAGCUCCGCCACACAAGAACACGCCGAUCAUUCUCAAAAAUCUGCCCAUGGGGUUGAAGGACACCAUAAAGGACAUAGCUUCGGUGGGUACGGCCACGGUAGACAUGGUCCCGGUGGAUAUGGCCCCGGUGGACACGGUCCCGCUGGACACGGUCCCGAUGGACAUGGAUACGCUGGACAUGGUGUGGGGGGACAUGGUGUUGGGGGGCACGGCUUUGGUGGACAUGAUCAUGGAGGUCACGGAUACCCCGGACGAUACUAAAAAGAGAAAUAAAAAUGAUUAGCUUGUGAUUGCAAGCAAAGCACUAGAA